AUGGCGGAGGCCGUGGAGCGCACGGAUGAGCUGGUCCGCGAGUACCUGCUGUUCCGCGGCUUCACGCACACGCUGCGGCAGCUGGACGCCGAGAUCAAAGCGGACAAGGAGAAGGGAUUCCGGGUGGACAAGAUUGUGGACCAGCUGCAGCAGCUGAUGCAGGUGUACGACCUGGCUGCCCUCCGGGAUUACUGGAGCUACCUGGAGCGCCGGCUCUUCAGCCGCCUGGAGGACAUAUACCGGCCCACCAUCCACAAGCUGAAGACCAGCCUGUUCCGAUUUUAUCUCGUCUACACCAUCCAGACCAACAGGAAUGACAAGGCCCAGGAGUUCUUUGCCAAGCAGGCCUCGGAGCUCCAGAACCAGGCAGAGUGGAAGGAUUGGUUCGCCCUGCCCUUCCUGCCGUCCCCGGACACCAACCCCACCUUCGCCACCUACUUCUCGCGACAGUGGGCCGACACGUUCAUCGUGUCCCUGCACAACUUCCUGAGUGUCCUGCUGCAGUGUAUGCCCGUGCCAGUGAUCCUGAACUUCGACGCCGAGUGCCAAAGGACCAGCCAGGUCCAGGAGGAGAACGAGGCGCUGCGGCAGAAGCUUUUCGCGCUGCAGGCAGAAGUCCACCGGCUGAAGAAAGAGGAGCUGCAGUCAGAGGAGGACGAGGCCUUAGUCCAACACAAGCUGCCUCCUUAUGUCUCCAACAUGGACCGCCUGGGGGACUCGGAGCUGGCCAUGGUGUGCAGCCAGAGGAGCAGUGCCCUGUCCCAGUCCCCACGUGUGGGCUUCCUGUCCUCGCUGCUGCCCCAGAGCAAGAAGAGCCCCUCCCGGCUGUCGCCCUCCCAGGGGCCUGCGCAGGCCCAGAGUGCCCCCAAGAGAGAGGCCGCCGGCAGCCAGGCUGCCAAGGGCAAGGACACUGUGUCCGGGGCCAGAGACGGGAAGGCCCUCUUCAGUGGGCUGGCCGCUGGGGAGUCCAACUGGCCACACCGACAGCGACGCCUGCAGGACCAUGGCAAGGAGCGCAGGGAGCUGCUCUCCACCACCUCGUCCCAGAGCUUAGAAAAGAAGCCUGACGCUGGUGGUAUAGAGGCCGAGCCUGGUCCAGAGCCGCCGGCAGAGCCCACGGAGGUGCACACGCGGGGUCCCGAGGGGGGACGCCCUGAACAGCCCUUCAUCGUGCUGGGCCAGGAGGAGUAUGGGGAGCACCACUCAUCCAUCAUGCACUGCAGAGUGGACUGCUCCGGGAGGAGGGUGGCCAGCUUGGAUGUGGACGGGGUCAUCAAAGUGUGGUCCUUCAACCCCAUCAUGCAGACCAAGGCGUCCUCCAUCUCCAAGUCUCCGCUGCUCUCCUUAGAGUGGGCCACCAAGCGGGACAGGCUGCUUCUCCUGGGCAGUGGCAUGGGGACGGUGCGCCUGUACGACACGGAAGCCAAGAAGAAUCUCUGUGAGAUCAACAUCAACGAUGACAUGCCCAGGAUCCUGUCUCUGGCCUGCAGUCCCAGUGGGGCCUCCUUUGUCUGCUCGGCUGCAGCUCCGAGCCUCAGCUCCCAGGUGGACCUGCCGGCACCUGACGUGGGUGGCAGGGGUGUGAACCAGGUCCCGGGCAAGCUGCUGCUGUGGGACACGAAGACCAUGAAGCAGCAGCUUCAGUUCUCCCUGGACCCCGAGCCCAUUGCCAUCAACUGCACGGCCUUCAACCACAAUGGGAACCUGCUGGUCACCGGUGCAGCUGACGGCGUCAUCCGGCUGUUUGAUAUGCAGCAACACGAGUGCGCCAUGAGCUGGCGGGCCCACUGCGGGGAGGUCUGCUCUGUGGAGUUCAGCUACGACGAGAACGCUGUGUACAGCAUCGGUGAGGAUGGCAAGUUCAUCAAGUGGGACAUCCACAAGAGUGGCCUCAAGGUGUCCGAGGCCUGCCUGCCCCCUGACGCCACAGGCCCCUUCGUGCUGUCCGGGUACAGCGGCUACAAGCAGGUGCAGGCCCCCCGGGGCCGGCUCUUCGCCUUUGACUCGGAGGGUCGCUACAUGCUGACUUGCUCUGCAACUGGUGGCGUCAUUUACAAGCUGGGCGGGGAGGAGAAGGUUCUGGAGAGCUGUCUGAGCCUGGGUGGCCAUCGAGCCCCGGUGGUCACGGUGGACUGGAGCACGGCCAUGGACUGCGGGACCUGCCUCACGGCCUCCAUGGAUGGCAAGAUCAAGCUGACCACGCUGCUGGCCCAUAAACUCUGA